AUGUCGUCAUUCAUCAAGUACACAAACUUCACAGCACAUGAUAUUUCCGAGCGGAUUGUAUUAGUUGCUUUCAAAAAAUUGCAGUCUUACGUACGUGUUAAUGUGAGCCAGACUGAUAUUAUCCAAAUAUGUGUUAGGGGAAAAACGAAUUCCAGUGCUCCAUUGCCAAUUUGUCAGCCGGAUUUAGAUUAUCAGGAGCGAUCUUUGAUGAUAGCUGAUCUCGAUGGAGAUCAGUCACAUAAACUCAUCACAUACUACACCACAUUUAUCCCACCGGACAACUUCACACCAAAGAGAUCUAAUUUAAAUCAUCACUGGCGAUUGACUUCAAUCGUUAGAGUUAUCCGUUUGGAAACGGAAUUGCCAAAGUUAUUUGCAUCUGAGAAUUGA